CAUUGUCUUCUUCCCGGCGGCGGAGUUCUGUAUUCUCUUAAACCCUACAAGAUCAGUAGAACAAGGUUUACUGACGGUUUAUGAAUUUCUUCCAACUCGUCGUGAAUUUUCACUAGUUAAUAACCGCAUGAUCUUUUUCUUAUAACGGUUUGGAUUGAAUUAAUGGCUUCCUCAAGGCUCUCCUCCUUGGUGGCAGCUACGGCUGUGGCCGGUUCCUUACCGGCAUUUGUAAACCAUGUCUACGCCGAUAGUCCGUUUCGAUUCCCUUCAUUUUUAUCUUCAUCUCCUCCUCCUUCUCCGCCGGAGGCGGCAGCGGAUACUCGAAACCCUGAUUCAAAGUCGGCGCCGUCAUCAGUUGAAGAAUCUAAAGGUGGGUUUGAUCCGGAAUCUCUCGAGAGAGGUGCUAAAGCCCUUCGAGAGAUCAAUAGUUCUCCCUAUUCCAAGCAGGUUUUUGAAGUAAUGAGAAAGCAAGAAGAAACGCGGCUGGCUGAAUUGGCAGGAGAGAAAGCUCAUCACAACGCUAUUCAAGCUCAACUGGAUAUUGAGAGACAACAGAAAAUGGCAGAAGAACAAAGGGAAUUGAUACAACAACAAGCACAAGCUAAGGCACAGAUGAUGCGUUAUGAAGAUGAAUUGGCUAGAAAAAGGAUGCAGACAGAUCAUGAAGCUCAGAGACGGAACAAUGCUGAAUUAGUUAGCAUGAAAGAGCAAUCUUCUGUGCGGACAGAACAAGUAAAACGUUCAACUGAAGAACAAAUACAAGCACAGCAACGCCAGACAGAGAAAGAGAGAGCUGAAAUCGAACGCGAGACCAUAAGAGUGAAAGCCAUGGCGGAGGCUGAAGGUCGUGCCCACGAGGCAAAACUGACCGAGGAACAUAACAGAAGAAUGCUAUUAGAACGAGUGAAUGGUGAAAGGGAGAAGUGGCUAGCUGCAAUUAACACUACUUUCAAUCACAUUGAAGGGGCUUUCCAGGUUUUAUUGACAGAUAGGGAUAAAUUAAUCAUGACUGUGGGAGGUGCAACAGCAUUAGCUGCCGGGAUUUAUACAACCAGAGAAGGCGCCAAAGUAACCUGGGGAUAUAUAAAUAGAAUAUUAGGGCAACCAUCACUCAUACGAGAAUCAUCCAUGGCAAGGUUUCCAUUGUCAGAUACAAUCUCUCGAGGAGCAAACAAGAUUUUUAGUACAUUUUCCGGGGAUGUUAAAACCACCACCACUCUUGGGAAUAUUGUUCUCCAUCCUUCAUUGCACAAAAGAAUAGAGCACCUUGCUCGAGCAACUGCAAAUACUAAGUCUCACCAGGCCCCUUUCCAAAAUAUGCUCUUUUAUGGUCCUCCUGGUACUGGCAAGACAAUGGUCGCUAGGGAGAUUGCUCGAAAAUCGGGUUUGGAUUAUGCCAUGAUGACUGGAGGCGAUGUAGCUCCCUUGGGUGCACAAGCUGUUACCAAGAUUCAUGAUAUCUUUGACUGGUCCAAAAAAUCUAAGAAAGGUCUAUUACUCUUCAUUGACGAGGCUGAUGCUUUUCUCUGCGAGCGGAAUCAUGUACACAUGAGUGAAGCACAACGAAGUGCACUAAACGCUUUGCUUUCUCGAACUGGUGACCAGUCAAGAGACGUAGUCCUUGUUCUGGCCACCAAUAGACCAGGAGAUCUAGACAGUGCAAUAACAGACAGGAUCGACGAAGUGAUAGAGUUCCCUCUUCCUGGAAAGGAGGAGCGCUUCAAUUUGCUGAAACUCUACUUGAACAAGUACCUUUCUUCUGACAGCAAUAAUAAUGAUGACUCGACUAAGUCUAAGUGGUGGUCUGGCCUAUUGAAGAAGAAGAGUGCCAGUAAGAUAACGACAAAGGAUAUAACCGACGAUUUGAUCCGUGAAGCUGCUGGGAAGAUUGAGGGAUUCUCGGGGCGUGAGAUAGCUAAGCUUGUGGCAAGCAUUCAAGCGGCUGUCUAUGGUCGGCCUGAUUGUGUAUUGAAUCCUCGGCUGUUUAUGGAGAUUGUAGAUUACAAAGUCAUUGAGCACCAGCAGCGGAAACAGAUGGCUGCUGAAGCUUAGGGACAAGGCCUGCAACCGUUUAUUUCCACCUCGAAAGUUUUGCUCAUCCAGUUUUUAUUAUUAUUGUUGUUCAAUGAUAUGAAGAGUGGAAAAUUGAAUUUAGUUGAGUUAGAUUUACAGAAAUUAUUGACCAUCUCUGUAUCAAAUAAAAUUGUUUCCAAACAGGGACAUGAGUCACAUGACAGUGUAUCCUUAACCUUAAACCAUAUUUUUUUUAAGGAUUA